AUGAAUCGGUGGAGCACAAGAAAAGCCGGCUUACUCAACGACCUGCGCAAUUUGAACUCAAACUCCGAUGAGCAGCAAAACGGCUCCUCUCUAAACGCCACUGCCCCUCGCCCGCCUGAUGCCGGAACACAGACGAAGCCGGAGGAAUUGAAUAACAGCAGCCAUCUCCAAAAUUUGCCGCAAAACAGAGUAUGCAAAUCCCGCUUCCUCGCCGCGAUGUCGCCGAACCCGUCCAGGAUGCCAUCGCCAUCCAAGAGAAGGUCGAUCGACGCCAAUAUCCCCAACGACCCUAAUCCGCAAGAUUGCAAACGACCUCGGCAGACUUCCCAGUGA